GUGGAUACUUCAGUUUGUAAAACGCUUGAGACACUCAGACCUUUGCGUCACUCCGUCCACCGCAGAUUCUGUGACGUUCUACACACGUUUUCUCCGUCACUAUGGAUGCAAGAGACGCGAGACGGUGAAAGCUUGCUUACUACAAUUAGCCUAUAUCCAUAAUACCAAUUAUCUGCCGUUGUUUGGUCUAAUAACAGAAACGGCGUAUGUCAUCUUCAUAUUUGGAGACAUUUAUUUCAGUAACGUUAUUUAGUCUGAAACGAAGAGGAUUAACAGGAGAACCUAUCAGCUGCUUUUAUUCAGGACCAUCCAUCUGGACAUGCUACAAUCCGAUUUAACGCAGCGCCACGCAACUAAACGCCGUCUCUAGUUGAUAAAGUAAACAAGCGGCGCUCUUCUAAAAAUGGCGAAAAUGUACCACAAAGAGAAAAGCAUUCAGAUAAAGAGCAGCGCGUCGGCGCUCUACAACAACCUGAGCGUCCUGCGCAUCGCGCCGCGGUGUCUCACCUAUUUCACGGUGGUCCAUGCAAACGUCGUAAACAUGGUCAGCGCAUCCUGGGACGGACUGAACUAUUCCCACCGACAGCUGCAGUCUAAGGAGGGCAACGUGGCCACCAGCUCCUCGCUUAUCAUGCAGGCAGCCUGGUGUGUCCUGCCUUCAAGAGAUCUCCUUGUUCUCACAUCUCAGAAGGGGAUCCAGAUGUAUGAAUCAGAUGGAUCAAUUAUGGUCUAUUGGCAUGCACUGGACACACCAGAGACCCCUACUGCGAAGGCAGUGUUUGCACGAGGAAUUGCAGCGGUGCGGGAAAAAUAUAUUUGUGUGGGGGUCUCAUCUGGCUCAGUGCUAGUCUUUGACGUUCCCAAUAAAGGCAGUAACAUCACCCUGUCUGAGGUUUUGGAAGAACAUAAAGAAGCAAUCACAGACAUGGCCUCUGAGUGCUCAGGCAGUCUGGAGUGCAUUGCUGAUUUAGUUAGUGCUGAUGACUCUGGCCUCCUCUGUGUGUGGAAAUCAGGAGAAGAUUUUCAACUGCUCAACAAGAUCCCUGGUUUUGACACGAGUUGUUCUUCGGUAAAACUCUGGAAGGGCACAGUCAUCGCCGGCUAUGGGACAGGACAGAUUCGUCUGUAUGAAGGGGUCACAGGUAUACUGCAUGCAGAGGUCAACGCUCAUGCACGCUGGAUCUACUCACUGGACAUCGCUCCCUUCACUGGACUGCUGAUCUCUGCAGCAGAAGACUCCUGGGUUAGAGUGUGGCAUCUGAGCUUGACUCCAGAGACUAAUAGCGUGGAGAUUGAGCACAUGUACAAUGAGUGUGUGACUGAUACACAGAUCUGUGGAGCCAAGUUCUGUGACGGUGACGGCUACGCCUUUGCAGUGACCGGCUAUGACUUGAGUGAGAUCAUCCGCUACACACAAGCCUAGUCAGGAAUACAGCACGCACUUCUAAGACGUUCCCAUCGGUCAUAGGAGGAUCGCCUGCAGAAGCGAGGUCAUGUCUUGACAGUAUAACGGUGAAUAUAUUGCUGUACAGGUACGUGAUAGGCAGGGCCAGGCUGGAGUGAGUGUUAGCCUAAAAUCAUCUUUUUAACAUCUUAGGCACUAAAAAGCUACACUUGAACCAGAUUACUGUGUUUAGCAUGGUAUGUCUACAUGAUUGCCGGUUGUGCUAAGUACAAAAUACUCUUUGUGCUCUGAUAUUAACGUAAAAUAUGUAACACUGGUUAAACAGAACAUGCAGAUCUCAAAACAAGGGGUUGUACUUUUAGUGUUUUGCUUCACACGUAAUGCAUUUACUGAACAGUUUCUUUUACCUCAUGAACAAUUUUGGAUGUGCAACUGAACCUGAUGACAUGUAAUCAUAUUUGUGGUUCAAAAUAGUUUGUAAAAUGUAUGAAAUACAGGACUAUUUUUUCCAAGCGGAAUUAUAAUGUUCUUUAUAUUUGUCUAGAAACAAAAGCAUUGUAUCUAUCUUGACGUGAAAUCACGUUUUAUAUUUUGUGUUGUUGUCAUAGUUUUUUUUUUGUUGCUAUUUUCUGUUUCUUUGUAAACAAUUGUCAGUGAGAAUUCAGCAAAAAAAAGAAAAACACAAACAAACAAAAAUACUUGUUUAUUGUGACUUUUAUUGCAAUUAGAAAUGUGUGGCAGUAGAUGGCAGUAGAUCUUAUACUUUUUCUGAAACAUUUUAAACGUUUGUAACUUUUAAGAUCUGAAUAAGCAUAUUUAAUUCAAGCACAAGUCUGUUAAAGUGUACUCAUUCAUAUAAAACAUCUAUGAAACAUAUCACAGAACAUAUUAGAACACAGUCAGCACUCAUUUCUAUUCAAAAUGAAAAAAUGCUUAAGAGAAUGUUUAAGCUGCCUAAAUUGACCAGACGUUGUUUUCCUACUGACACGAUGUCUUCUUUCCUAAUGCAUUAUAUGUACAUUUAUUUGCAUUGUAUUUACAGUUCUUUGUAGAUUCUGGACGCAAGUUACAUUACCUUCAGCAAGGAUAAAGGGAAAGUAAAAACCAAGAUAUUUUAGGCAAUUUAGAACAUACCAGGACACUAUUAGGAAAAAGGGUGACCGCUAUUAUGGCCACCGUUUAUUAAGGCAUGAAGUGAAUAGAAAAUAAUUUAAAUCAGCUGCAAGACAAAAGUUUCUUUCUAGAGUAAAAUUGUAAAUUAGCAGCAUUUUCAUCCAUGACUGUAGUUAAAAAUGUAUCACCAUUAACAUUUGUCCCUUUGUUUUAAGCUAUAAAAGAGGGCAUUGAUUGUCAGAUGUGUCCUUCGUGCACCUCAUUUACGCUGUUUUCAGACUGUAAUGUUUUGUUGCCAUUUCAUCUUUCAUCUGUGCAGCUUUCUGUUUUUAUAGGUCAAAGCAGAACACUAGAGAUAUGCAGAUAAAAUAUCUACAAUGCUCAUUUGACCGUAUUUUACCCAUAAUAUUUAUGUCCAUGAUUCUGUUGUUCCAUCAUAGCAUUAUCCACACAUGACCUCUCUUUCCAGCUUGUUGCUGAUAAAACCCCUUGGUCUCUUAUGUAAGACUUUUAACUUUGUCCUAUGGAUGACACUGUGUGUGCCCUAUAUCUGUUAUGAAGAGAGGGUGAAUAUCAAUGUCACAGAGCGACAGAUCUAAUGGGUAGAGAAUAGACUGCUGACCAUCAAAUUUGAUGGUGUAGAGAAAGGGUCCAGAGAGCGUCAAUGAGACCUCCACUGGCUGUGGGUUUAAUGGAAUUAUGUAAUGCUGCAUGCAGCACUGGAGCACAGUGAGAUGCGUUUAAGGUCAUUGUGUUUAGUGGGAUCUGUGGUAAUAAAAACUAUGGCUGGUCUACAGGCCAUGUAAAAUUCAAUAGUGCUCUCCAGACACAUCAGAUCUGCUGGCUCCGGGAUGGGGGUUUGGCGUUAUGCAGUUUCAGAGAACACAAGAUGCUUGUUUAAUAAACUUAAGCCGACGUAAAAUAAAGUCUGUAUUUUCAUAUCA